AUGUCGUCCAACUCGACCUCGACCUACUUCUUCAUCACCGCCCCGCAGUUCUAUCCGGCUUGCAACAUUGGUAUGCCUGUCAUUCGCUCGCAAGUGUGCAGCGACUUCGAGGUCAUCCAGACGACGGUCAAGGGCGGCUACAACGUCACCUGCGCCAAAGAGGCGGGCAUGAAAUGGACCGGCUUCUCCACGCUCAACCACGCAAAGGCGGCCCCAGCGGAUCUGUGCAACAUCCGUUCGACUACGAGCUCGACGGCGCCGUCCACCCCAAGGUUCAAUCGGCUCGGCGUGAUGUACAUGCUCCUGCUCAUCACAGUAGCACUGUCUCAUAAUGCAAUCCCAACCUGA